CAUCGGUACAAAGAAUCUUGCCUAUAUAAACCUUUCUUCUACAAUUAUCCCUUCUCACCUCUCCAUUCUCACACUUACAAACACUUAAACACUCUCAAAACCCCACCAAAAAAAAAUGGAAGGUAACACUCUUCUUUCUCUCGCAUUGCUCUGUAUUGUAGUUGCCGGCGUAGGAGCCCAGUCUCCGGCGGCCUCUCCGACCGCAUUAACAACAACUCCGGCCACCACCACUCCAGUUUCUUCUCCCGCACAAACCCCUUACAAACCUAAAUCACCAGCUCCGGUUGCUUCUCCCAAGCCAGCAGCUUUAUCUCCGGCAACAAAUGCUGCUGCUCCUGCUCCGGCAACCAACCCUCCGGCGGCGACUCCUCUGAGCACUCCGCCGACAGCACAGGUUCCGGUGAGUUCUCCACCGGCACCUGUUCCAGUGAGCUCUCCACCUUUGGCAGUGCCAGUGAGCUCUCCUCCAGUCGCGGCGCCAAUCACCCCCGUGGCUCCUGCUCCAGCGCCGACGAAACCUAAGAACGGAAAGAAGAGUAAGAAAAACGGUGCUCCGGCACCGGCACCGUCGUUGCUUAGUCCUCCAGCUCCACCAACAGGAGCUCCUGGACCCAGCGAAGAUUCUUCGUCUCCUGGUCCUGCUGCUUCUUCUAACGACGACAGUGGAGCAGAAAGUUUCAGGAGCUUGAAGAAUGUGAUGGGAUUCUUGGCAUUGAGCUGUGCGGCUCUUGUUUUCAUCAUCUAAACACCACACACUCCUUUUGCUGUUGUCAUAUUCUUGUAUAAUUCCUUUUUAUCUUUUUAAAUUUUUCUUUGGGCCCUGCUAUGGGCAUACAUUACAUUUAUUUACAUUGUUUGCUUGUAUCAUUUUGUUCUUAAGGUUAUUAUCAUUAUCAUUAUAAUUAUUAAUCUCAAUAAUGCUUGGCCUUUCGGUUGGUUCGAUCA